AUGCACAUCCGUGAGAAAACCGAAAAUUGUGACACAAACCAGCAAAACCAGCAUCGUGAAAGUGAGAAGACUGAAACACAUGACGGAAACCAGCAUCUUGAAAGUGCGGAAAUAGGAACACAUGACAGAAAUCAGCAUAUGGAAAGUAAGAAAACUGAAAUUCUUGACAAAAACCAGCAUCUGGAAAGUAAGAAAACUGAAACUCGUAACAGAAAUCGGCAUCUUGAAAGUGAAAACAUGAACUCACAUUCAGAUAAAAAUAAUUGUAACAUCUUAAAUAACCUCAAAAUCGUAGAAAAAAUACAAUGUAAUAACGCAAAUGAUACAAACAAUUCAAAAACAUUUGGGCAAAAGGAUUCAGAACGUGAACUUAACUGUGUUUCAUCGAGCAAAUUAGAGAAUGCAGAAGUAAGUUUAGUAGAAAACAUUCUACAGAAACAAGGUUCUUUGUAUAAAAUUCCUAAAAAGCAUUUAAACAAGAAAGAGCAAGAUAUAUGUGUAGAUAAAAACAAUUAUUUUGAAACUGAAAAUGAGUCGAAGGAAAACAAAUCUUUAGAUAUUCUGCACGCUGUAAAAUAUUCUGAAGAAUUGGUUUCAACUCAAACUCUUGCAGGAAAUACUUUCGAACAAAAGGAAAUUCAAGAUAUAGUUAAAAGUAUUGAAAAUACAAAUAAUAUAAGUAUUAUUCAAGUUAAUAGAGAUUUAAAACUAGAAAAUAAAGAAACAUGUGAACCAAAAAUAUGUCGCAAGGACAAAAGUAUGCAAGAUGAAGCUAAUUUAAAGAAAAACCAGACAAAAACAAGAGAUACUGAGAAAUCUAUGGAACUUGAACAAAGCAAAAAUUUAGAAUCUGAUGAAAGUAACCAUGAAAGAAUAUUUGGAGAAGACACAAAUGUUUCAGAAACAUAUGAAACAAAAACAAGCAGCAUCACUAUUGUAAGCAAAACAGAGAUUGAGAACGAAACUAAUAAUUUUGAAUCAAAUAAUCUUGCUACAAAUUUUAAGGAAGAUAAUGGUACUCAUAACAUUGUAUUAAAUGUAAAUGCCAUAGACACUGAAGAAAAUAUAAGUAAUAGUGAAGAAUCAUGCGUUGUUAAUUCAGAGAAUGCAGCUGAGCUCAAUAAGCUUUCUUCUAAUGAAACAAGUAUGGAUGACCAUAAUGGUUUAUGCACUCAGAUACCAUCUUUUACAAGCAUAUUGACACGAAAUCGUGGUUCAAGCUCUAGUUGUGUUAAAGCAACAAUCUGUGGAGAAUCCGUUACAAAAAAUGACAUAAAAGAAAAUAAAUUAAUGAAUAACAGUGGGAAAAUUCAAGACGAAAAAUAUAAUCCAUUUUCUAAUUUAAAAAAUUUGAAAAUACUUACAAUACCAUGCAUGAGCGCUUUAGAGUAUGACAAAGAAUGCGAAGUUUCAAAAUAUAAUGAAUAUUUAAACAGCCAUUCGAAUUACUGCCCCGAUUUAAGCAACCAGACAAUGCAUGAGAUAAACAAAUAUGAUUCAAAACAAUCUGAAGAGAAAAAGCUAACGCAAAAGUGUGAAAUCAAAACUACUGAUGCAACUUUAGAUGACAGUAGCGAGGUGAUGGAUAGCUCUGCAGAAGAAAACUCAUCGAAAGUUGAAGAGGUACAAAAUAUCGAAUCUUACACUUACAGAGAAAGUAAAAGCGACAUCAUUAAUAAGAAUGAAUUGCCGAUGGAAAAUAUUAUUUUAAACAAAGAAGUGAAAAAAGAAAAUGAAUUAGACAUCAUCCCAACUUGUGCUCUCAAACAAUUAAAUGAAUUAUUUGGUGAUGAUGAAAUAAUAUCGACAGUUCAUGAAAAACGUCUUGAAACCCUGUCACUGGACCAGAAAUCAAAUAAACGUAAUAAUCUUGAUUUUGGAGGGUUAACGAAUGAAUCUAAAUAUGCCAUUCAACCAGAAAAAAUUGAUUCAAGUAAACGUUUGACAGCUGAAACGAGUUAUCAAGAAAACGAAAACCAGAACAUGAGCGCAAAACCAAAAAGUGAGUGUGUUUCAACAAAAGAUAUAGCAAACUCAGAAAUAGGUAACAGACUGCCUUUAGUAUCAUUCAAAGAAUUUGCCGAACUUCAUUGUGAAGAAAACAUGCGAAAAGAAAAUGAACACAAUUUAAGUAAUGAAAAGGAAUAUAAAUUAACAGAAUAUGAGAAGGUGAACAUUUCAAAGAUAAUAGACGCAAAAUCAGACUGUAUAUUUAUGUUGUGUACAAAGUGA